AUGCUCCGCCUUGACGCGCGCCGCAGUGACCAAAUGCGCAGUCGACGACAUGAUCUGUACACGAGACAUCAAGGCAUGAGUUCAGUGUUGGUUGCAAAUGCACCGGUCCAGUGUCUAUCUGAACGGGACAGCGAUGGGGCCACCCCAUUCAUAAAAAUGGACCGGUCUGUGGGUGUGAGUGGUUUGGUUAUGAAGGACAGGCCUAUGGCGCAAGUGCUAGCUACACGGUUAUAUCAGUGUGACACUGAGUUGCUAUUGGUAGAUGGUGCAUUGCAUAUGGCGUUACCACAGAGCGUAGCCAAAAACCGGCGGGAGCGGGAGAAAGAGGACCGGUCCUUUAAAAUGGGACAAGGACAG